ACCUCUACGAACCUCUCCCAGCUAGGCGAAUCAAUUUGUCUUAAGGAGCUCAUUGAACUUGGCCUUGAAAGCCAUCUUGAAGAACUUGAGGUCAUCUCCAGCCACGCUCGUCAGGAGCAUAUCCUUGAAACGGCCCUUGUUAAAAUGCGGACUGAGUGGCAAGGCAUCCUACUACCUCUAAUCAUAUAUACCAGCCCUCACUCGCUCCCAUGGAUGCAAUUAAACCGGCCAACUGAGCCUGUAAUUCGGGAGAAGGGCCCUAAUCUGAAUUAUACUCAAGAUGAACCUGAUUUUGCUGGGCCGCCGGAUCAGCAAGAGGUGGUGAGAUUUCUUUUGGCCAGUCUUGAGGAGCACACAAUAAUUCACAAUGACCAGGAUGAAGAGACUUUACAUGAGAUACGAUUAGAAACAGAAGGUAAAAAUGAGGGCGAUAGUUCUACAAGAGAAAACUUGGCUGCGAUUAAUGAAAUGAAGGCAAACCAAGUUUAUAUUUUGGAUUCCGUGGAUGAUAUUUUGAUAGAUACUUCUGAUACAGUUAAAUGCAGUUGCGUUGAUGUUAAAGAGAUGAGCAAGAAUGAAGUAGACAAUCUUUUAAAAGGGGGCAGUCAAAUAAGCUAUUGCGAUCCCGAAAGAGAGAAGGGAUUUCACCAGGUAGUGUAA